AUGGGGCACCAACCAACCUUUGUUUGUCAAAAAUGUUUGAGGGACGGCUCUCAGGCCACACGGGGACCCUCGGUCCCCUUCCCCCCCUGGGGGACGGUUCUCAGGCCACACGGGGACCCUCGGUCCCCUUCCCUCCCUGGGGGACGGCUCUCAGGCCACACGGGGACCCUCGGUCCCCUUCCCCCCCUGGGGGACGGCUCUCAGGCCACACGGGGACCCUCGGUCCCCUUCCCCCCCUGGGGGACGGCUCUCAGGCCACUCGGGGACCCUCGGUCCCCUUCCCCCCCUGGGGGACGGCUCUCAGGCCACACGGGGACCCUCGGUCCCCUUCCCCCCCUGGGGGACGGCUCUCAGGCCACGCGGGGACCCUCGGUCCCCUUCCCCCCCUGGGGGGCGGCUCUCAGGCCACACGGGGACCCUCGGUCCCCUUCCCCCCCUGGGGGACGGCUCUCAGGCCACACGGGGACCCUCGGUCCCCUUCCCCCCCUGGGGGACGGCUCUCAGGCCACACGGGGACCCUCGGUCCCCUUCCCUCCCUGGGGGACGGCUCUCAGGCCACACGGGGACCCUCGGUCCCCUUCCCCCCCUGGGGGACGGCUCUCAGGCCACACGGGGACCCUCGGUCCCCUUCCCCCCCUGGGGGACGGCUCUCAGGCCACUCGGGGACCCUCGGUCCCCUUCCCCCCCUGGGGGACGGCUCUCAGGCCACACGGGGACCCUAGGCCACACGGGGACCCUCGGUCCCCUUCCCCCCCUGGGGAACGGCUCUCAGGCCACACGGGGACCCUCGGUCCCCUUCCCCCCCUGGGGGACGGCUUUCAGGCCACACGGGGAGACCCUCGGUCCGCUCUUUUUGUUGGGAGACGUCCUUGGGUGUGCGUGCAGUUUGAUCCUGUAGUCCAUGUAAUUUCCCCGCGCGACUAG